UCGACUGUAAUUUCCAUUUUUUAUGGUGCUAUCGCCAACGUGACAAACGAAAAGUCCCCAAGUUGUGAGAAUUGUUGGAAACACAGCACAGAUUUUAAGCUGUAACCUUUUAUUGAAGACAAAAACAAGGCCCUGAGGCAAACAAUUAUGGAUCUUUUCAAUCAUUAUGCUUAAAAUCCACCGUUGUCAAGUUUGUUUAAUUUUUGAGCCACCAACGUAACAACUCAGAAGUCCCUACUUCGUGAUGGUAGACGAAGGCACAAGAAAAACUUUAAGCAGUAUUCCGUUGCUGAAGACAAAAGCGGGGCCCCGAGACAAAGAAUUAUGGGUCCAACGUUUAAAGGAAGAAUACCAGUCAUUAAUCAAAUACGUCCAAAACAACAAAGAUGCUGACAACGAUUGGUUCCGUCUGGAAUCAAAUAAAGAAGGCACCAGGUGGUUCGGAAAAUGUUGGUUCAUCCACGAUUUGCUCAAAUAUGAGUUCGAUGUAGAGUUUGACAUUCCAGUGAUGUACCCCUCGACGGCCCCCGAAAUCGCCCUCCCGGAGCUCGACGGCAAAACGGCGAAAAUGUACAGAGGGGGCAAGAUUUGUCUCAGUGACCACUUCAAGCCUUUGUGGGCUCGAAACGUCCCCAAGUUUGGGAUCGCACACGCCAUGGCACUGGGGUUGGGGCCUUGGCUCGCCGUGGAAAUCCCCGAUUUGAUCGCCAAAGGUGUGGUCACGCAUAAGGAGAAAACUGGCUGAUUUUUUAAAUAAAUAAAUUUGUUGUA